AUGACUAUCGACUCGAAGGCGUCUGUUCCAUUCUCGAAUUUCUCUCGCAAACUCCAGAAAGUUAUUCUAAAAUGCUUGCAAAUUGGGGAUGCUAUGGAGAUGUUGAAGGCAAACACUUUGCUACGUCAACUCAUCCUUCAACAUGGACCACUACCCGGGAAAAUCGACGAGUUGAGGUUUGCGUGUGAUUUGUGCGAAAGCACGGAGAUUUCUUUGCGAGUCGCCGAUUCUCGUCUGAAUUUUCAAUUUAUCGAAUGCGGGAAUUUUGAUUUAUCGACGAAAAUCAUCUAUAAAGAUCCGAGAAGGAGAGAAGAAUUGCAUUCCUCAUCACAAAGCACGUCGAUUUUCUUCAAAUUUCUCAAAACCUGUGCCUCGUUGCAUGUGGCAGUGGAUUUCUGGGAGAAAGAGGGUGAAAAGGUGAAAGAAUUGAGGCGAAUCAUGCACAAAUACAUGUCAAAUCUCCAAUGGAUCAGAGAUUUAAAUGUAAAUUUCGGUGACCAACAACUAGCCGAGUGUUUCUUUGGGGAAUUUGAGGCCAAAAUCGACUUUUUCUCAUUCGAUGAGUACUCGUUUGAAUACGAGAAGUUAAAUGCAAAUUUCAUGAACAGCUCACUGCUUCAAAAGAUGCUGAACAUUUACGUAUUUAUCCCGAACUCGUCGAAUAUUAUCUCUCAUGAGAUGUUGAAGCGAUCGAACGCUUUCUACAUUCACUACUCGAUAGCCUCAUUUGAGCACUUUACGAGAAUAAUGAGGGAAUUCGUGGAGAACGGGAUUCCGAGUCGGAAUCCGUUUGCCUCAAUGUCAAUCCAUUUCGAUGACACAACCACAGCUUACCUUGAAAUACCCAUUUCUCGAAUUGAAGAGGAGCUCUUAUUGAUGAAAGAAGUGCAAGCGUUAAAUGCAAAUGAGUUCACCGAUCAGUUGGACGAUUUUCUUCACGAAAAGGGCUCACAGAUGAAAGAAGUUUGUGCGAAUUUCUUCCACUUUUGCGAGCUGCUCCGAAAUCGGAGACGAAUCUCCAAAGAAAGCUUUGUGCUUUUGCGAAGAAUCUCAAAUGAAAUCGAUCAGCUGAUAAUGGCAACGAGAAUUGUCGAGGAAUCGAAUGAUGGGAGUGAUUCUCGAAGCAGCCAUAUUCACCUUUUGAUCAGAAAUAUCGAAGCGAUCGAUAUUUCUGGACGAAUUUGUGAUCUU